AUGGAUAACAGAUCAGCAGCGACUGCAGGAGUUGAAUCAGCUGCGACAACUGGCCAUCAAGCUUUUCUGGCAGCAGUGUUAGCAGGGGUUGAGCCUAAGAGCUAUAAAGAAGCUUUGCAAGAUAAAGUAUGGCACGAUUCAAUGGUUGAUGAAAUAGAUGCAUUUGAGAUGAUGAAGAAGCUGGUGAAGAAGGUAGGAGCCGGGACUCUAACGCCGGAGCUGAAAGAUAAGCUCAAGGCUUGUGUUCCGGAUUCCAAAGUCGUGAUGGGCAGAGCCAAGCGCGGUCUCUACGCUGGACGCCAUAUCCAGUACGGUAACCGCGUCAGUGAAGACGGUGGCAACAAAGCUUGUGAUGCUUUUGCUCUAUAUGAAGCAUCUAAGAAGUUGGGUCAAGAAGAUGUUGGAAACCGAACGUCCAGGAGAAGCGAUUGUUCAGCUACAUAUUCAACCGCCACAUUAAAGUCAAAGUCACAACGCACAGUGGAGCAAAGAUACGCUGAGCUAGGCCAAAUGGAAGUAGCAUUUGUAAGGAAGCUCGAAGAAAGUCGUAUGGAGAUAAAGGCGGAGAAGAGAAGGGUGAGGAAGAAGCUUCUCUCGAAGCUGGAGGGUUGGAAUCACACCAAGAUGAUCAUGGGUGGUUAG